UUUACACUGAUGUGAAUUCAGUAAACCAAUAGGUAUUUACAAUUUGAUUUUUAUAAAUAUAUAUUCAUCAUUGACUAACUAUUUAAUAUUUUAAUUUAUUAGAUAUUUUGGCUAUUGCUCUCAAAAUGAACCUACCAAAAGAAGUCAACACUCCCUAUGAACUACAUACAAUUCAAGAGAUAUAUUUAAUUGAUGAAAGUUGUAGCUUCAAACCAGUAUGUUUGACGAUGUGGGGGCAUAAAGUCCACGAUGAAUGCUUACAAAUAGCAGAAGUAAUCGAAGACAGACCCAUAAUAUUGGGAUCAAAACUAAUUGUUCAAACCAAGAGAGGGCUGUCUCUAUCGUCACGCGACACGAGUACCUUCAAAAUCAAUCCUCAACUCCCCGAGGCAGAAGCACUGAAGGAAUGGUAAUACUCAUAAAAUCAAAUACACAU